AUGGUUAGAAUACACGGGUUCAAGGUAUGGUUUGAUUUAUCAGAGUCAUUUUACCGAGUAUCUAAGGAAUUUUCUGGGUUCUUAAAACCUUCCACAUCUGAAGAAUUCCGUGAUUCUGAAUUUCAGAUGAUGCAUGAAAGGUCGUUCGAUGCGUAUAGACAAGUAUCCGCUCUAAAAAUUGUAGUGGGCGAUAUCCGAUUAUCGCUGACGAUAGUCCGAGACUUGGCUGGACGAACAUCUCACAAUAUCUGGCGAACACCUACGGAUGAUUUUAAAGAAAUACGAACGUUUGAUGUUCAGGGACGCCUUGUAUUUUACUCGCUGUUCUAUACGUUGCCACAUUUGCCACGCAGCGUGUCGCAUUUCCAGUCAUCAUCUGAUUCGUCGGCUACCACAGUUCUCUACACCGAAGAAGGUGUACCGUUCGCGAUGAAUCGUGAUGGAUUCAGAUAUGCGAUUGCUGUCGAUGAUGAAGGUAACAUGACGACGUGGUUUCGCUUGGUUGGACUUUCUCCAGUACUUUUACCACCGACUGACCUCCACCUUACUUGUCAGCAUAGUGUCUGUACUCGUUCGCUGGCUUCGUUUCCAUCGCGCUUACGCACAUUCUCGCAACUACCUAGUUUAUCCUCAACAGAAUUGCUUGACACCUCUUUUGUGGCGAUGUAUCCAUCUGAGGACAUCGCUUUCGCCGUUGAAGACGCCGGAUUUCAUGAAUUGCUUGUGCUGACACCCAAUGGUCACAAGGCGAGUUUCCGAACCUUAGUAACUUUUUUGUCACAAGAGGUCGGUUUUAUGGAAGAUUCUCUGACUUCUUUAUCAAUGCCUCAUUUUACACUGGUCGUCUCACGUGGUACUGCUGAGCUUCGAAAUGGAAAAACAAAGAUCUUUGUGCAUUUCUCGUCCGAUGCGGACACGGUGAACAAAGUACUCAUGGAGGAUUUUCGCAGACGAGAAGGUCCGACAGUUUGGAGGGCAGAGCGUAAACGGGUAGAACGUGGUGAAAGUACACAACCGUGGACACAACAAGAGAAGCGGUAG